GGUGCGAUGAGAACAGAUCCUGUCGUCAAGGGAUGGACGUUUCGAUUUCACUUUAACCACUUUCCCUGAAGGCGGGGCAGAGAGAGAGCGCUGUUGACCUUCAGAAGGAAAAGAGGCAAAGACCCAAUAGACGGAUCGCUGAGCAGAGGAGAACAAGGGAGGCAGGGAGGAAAAAGGGGGAAACAGAGAGAGAGAGAGAGGAGGUGAAAUAUCGAAGAGAGAGAAAAUCUCGCUGAGAGCGAAGUGACAGCUAGAGGAUUCAUCACACGAGGGCAGGAACCAGCAACAGGACCAUGAAAGCUGGGCUUGCAUACUGCUCUCUUCUUAUCCUUCUUAUGAUAACAGAUGUCUGGGGCCAGCGAAGGCCUAAACCAAAGCCCGUCCGGCCACCCACCACCAAGAAGCCUCCUGCUCCCAAAAAACCUUCUUCUCCUGCCCCAAAACCAGAGCCCCAGGAACCCACCGAUUUCCCUCCUCCAAUUCUAGGCCCUCCCUCCGAAUUCCCAGAUUGCCCCAGAGAAUGUUUCUGUCCACCGUCUUACCCCAAUGCCCUGUACUGUGAAAGCCGUAACCUCCGGAAGGUUCCGAUCAUCCCGGCCCGUACCCACUAUCUGUACCUACAGAACAAUUACAUUGACACAGUAUCUGCAGAGCCCUUCAACAACUGCAGUGAUCUUAAGUGGAUAAAUCUGGGGAACAACCGCAUCCGUUCGGUGCAGAAACAAGUUUUUGAGAAGCUGCCAAAUCUGCUUUACCUUUAUAUGGAGAGGAACGAACUGAAGGAAGUCCCUAAUGAUCUGCCGGCCGGCCUGGAGCAGCUUAGACUCAGCCACAACCAGAUCUCAAAGAUUCCUGCCGGGGCAUUCAGCAAGAUGGAGCACCUUGCUCUUCUGGACAUGCAUCAAAACCGGAUUAGUGAUAGCAGCCUGGGCAAGAACAUCUUCAAAGAUCUCAAGAACUUGAUUCAGCUUAACCUGGCACAUAACAUCCUCAGGAAGAUGCCCACUAAUAUACCAAACAAUAUCUUUCAACUGUUCCUAGACCGAAAUAACAUCGAGGAGAUUCCAAAUGACUAUUUCAAGGAUUUCGCAAACCUGGCCUUUGUGAGACUUAACUACAACCAGCUCAGCAACAAAGGCAUUCCCAAAAUGGUGUUCAACGUGAGCUCACUCGUGGAUUUGCAGUUGGCCCAUAACCAGCUGACCACGGUUCCGCUUUUCAGCUCUGAGCUGGAGCAACUUCACCUGAACCACAAUAGCAUUGAGAGUGUAAAUGGAACAGAGAUCUGCCCCUCCAAUUCUCACAAUCCACAUGAUGAGAACGGCGUGCCAAGACUGAGAUACUUGCGUUUGGAUGGUAACCACCUGAGUCCACCCGUACCCCUGGAUGUCAUCAUGUGUUUCAGACACCUCCACGCAAUAGAAAUAUAGAGGAGAUUAUGAGUCGUGAACAAACACAUGCAUGCCUGAGCACAAUAGGGUAUUACUGUCUACUUGACUGUACUGAUUGAAUCAAACAGUACCACAGAAGAAAUGGUAAUGCAUUUUCUCUCCAUGUUCAGGAAUGUUUCAAUGUGUAACCUGAGAAUCUCCAAAGCAACAUAUUUAUUGAAUUUUCUGCCUUGAAUACAAUUCAGCAUGAGUAUUCGGCAUCAAAUGUUUAUAUGUGAUUAUACACAUUCAGCUGCAAUGGCUAUAAGUGAAACCCUAAAAAUAAAGGUACAUUAACUGACGUGUAGUUACAACUAUUGUAUAAGGUUUAAGAAGUAAAUUGCUCUUUAAAGGUAGACUGAGAGGAGCAUGAACUCUAGAUGGAUACAUUAUGAAAUGCAGAAUGAUAUAUAGGGAGAUACGGUAACUACUGUGUAGUUGAUAAUGUCCUUAAUGUGCCUGUGUUUUUAAAGUGCUGUGUGCAGUCCUGGCUUUACCUUGUGUCAAUAUUUCUAUAUAAAUAAAUGUUCUAUUCAAAAGUA